UUCCCGCCUAUUCCCAACUCGGCAACCCGCCUUGAUCAGCAGAACCCAACACAAUAACAACAACAUCAACAAAGACGAGGAAAUAACAAUCUUGAACCUCCUUUUCCGGCUCGUUCCGAUCCUACCUAGACAUCUUGUUGCCAUCAUCUUCAUCAUCAGCAUCAUCACCGACUGAUACCAUCAACAACCCCCAAGAAAAAUAAUAAUAAUAAUCAAAUAUGGCGCCCCAGAAGCCCCGCUGCACCUUCAAGGAAUGCAAGUCCGCCGCCCAACGAAUCGUCGGCGACUGCGGUUUCUGCGACGGACACUUCUGCGCGAAGCACCGAUUACUCGAGGACCACAAGUGCAGCGGAUUAGAAGACGUAAGCAUGAGCCCCAACCCCUCAGAACCCAGCCCCUGUCCCUGUCCCAGCGAGAACAAUAGCAAUAGCAAUGGCAGCAGCGACGACUGGGCCGCAGAGUGGUGGCAAGUCGGGCUGGCCGAGUAUCUCGAGGACUCGGGUCUUCUUCUCGAGGAGCAAGAGCAACAGGAGCAGCAGCACAGUAGUGGUUCGGAUGGUGGUUCAUGUUCAUGUUCCCGUUCCGGUUCUGGUUCAGGCGUGCUAACAACUCCCCGUGACAUCUGCAGUGCAAGAAGGAAUCGCACGCGCGAAACGCCGCGCAGCUCGAGGCCGAGCGCACGCAAGUCAUCCGGGGCGUAUAAUCACCACUACCACAACAACAACCUCGCCGAGCCCAAUGCGAGCCGGCCCCUCGCUCCCCGAUCGUCUUCCGGCGUGACAGCUAGACAGCGACGCCGUCGUCGUUCUUCCCCUCCGCGAGUCCGUGGCCCCGUUUACGCUUCUACACCCGUUAGCUGUGCCCUAUAAAUAAACAAACAAACAAACAGACAGACGUGCCCUCUGCAAUUGGAGAGGGGGAGAAGGAAGGAAGGAAGGAAGAGGGAGGGGGGCUUGGUGUCUACAUCAACAUCAAUUUUUAUUUAUUAUCCAUUACCAUUACUAUUACUACUCUUCUACGAGCACGGCGUCCGGGCAUUGGCUUAGGGCAGAUUUGUUUGUAUAUUUCAUUUCAUUUUUAACAGCCUGCGACGGCGUAGGCGGAACAAGGGAGAAGAAGAAGAGAAUCGGACUCCUCCGAGUUCGUCUCGAGAUGAUGUUUGUCUUGUUUUG